GUCUCUGGCUGCUAAAGAGCAGUAUAAAAACUGAGGGAUGAACAGUCAGCAGCUAAGAGAGGACAGUGCGAUUUGCAGACCACUGAACAGGUGAUUUGGGGAGGAAUCGCCAUGGAGCCUGGGGAGUACAAACAGAGAGGGAAAGAAAUGGUGGAUUACAUUUGCCAAUACCUGACCAAUGUGAGAGAGAGACGGGUGAUUCCUGAUGUGCAGCCUGGCUAUAUGAGAGUUCAGUUGCCAGACAGUGCACCCAUGGAGUCAGACAGCUGGGACGACAUCUUCAGAGACAUUGAGAAGAUUAUUAUGCCUGGGGUUGUCCACUGGCAGAGUCCACAUAUGCAUGCCUAUUUUCCAGCUCUUAACUCCUGGCCUUCCCUGUUGGGAGAUAUGCUGGCUGAUGCUAUUAACUGCUUGGGAUUCACAUGGGCCUCCAGCCCAGCCUGUACAGAACUGGAAAUGAAUGUCAUGGACUGGCUGGCUAAACUGCUGGGUCUCCCAGAAACAUUCCUGCACCAUCACCCAGACAGCAGGGGAGGCGGAGUACUCCAGAGUACUGUGAGCGAAUCCACCCUUAUUGCUCUGCUGGCAGCAAGGAAAAAUAAAAUCCUGGAGAUGAAGGUUUCUGAGCCAGAUGCUGAUGAGUCAACUCUGAACUCUCGGCUCAUUGCUUACGCAUCUGAUCAAGCUCACUCGUCCGUAGAGAAGGCAGGCUUGAUUGCUCUCGUGAAGAUGAAAUUUCUGCCUGUGGAUGAACAGUUUUCCCUCAGAGGCAAGACCCUGAGGAGAGCCAUUGAAGAGGACAGGAAACAAGGCCUAGUCCCUGUCUUUGUUUGUGCAACUUUGGGUACCACUGGAGUCUGUGCUUUUGACAGCCUAGCAGAGCUGGGUCCCAUUUGUGACACAGAGGGACUCUGGCUUCAUAUUGACGCUGCAUAUGCCGGAACUGCAUUUCUGUGCCCAGAAUUUCGAUCAUUUUUGGAUGGAAUUGAAUAUGCAGACUCGUUUACUUUUAACCCUUCCAAAUGGAUGAUGGUUCAUUUUGAUUGCACUGGAUUCUGGGUCAAAGACAAGUACAAAUUACAGCAAACCUUCAGUGUUAAUCCUGUCUACCUCAGACAUGCCAACUCAGGGGCAGCCACUGAUUUCAUGCACUGGCAGAUUCCACUGAGUCGCCGCUUUCGUUCUUUGAAGCUCUGGUUUGUGCUUCGCUCCUUUGGGGUGAAAAAGCUUCAAGCACACGUCAGACACGGCACUGAAAUGGCCAAAUACUUUGAAUCUUUGGUCAAAAGUGAUCCCUUCUUUGAAGUCCCUGCCAAGAGGCACCUUGGACUGGUUGUAUUUCAUUUAAAGGGCCCCAACUGGUUGACAGAAAAGCUCUUGAAAGAACUGAAUAAUUCUGGCAGGCUCUUCCUCAUUCCAGCUACCAUCCAUGACAAGUUCAUCAUCCGCUUCACUGUAACGUCCCAGUUCACAACCAAGGAGGACGUUCUGCGAGACUGGAACAUCAUUCAACAAACUGCUGCCCAAAUCAUUAACCAGCAUUACAUGCAGCACCCCCUCAACUCUGCUGAUGGGGUGAAAUCCCCUAAUUUACUAAGUAACACCAAUCCUCAUGCUGUUAAUAUUACUUCUGAGUUUUCCAAAGAUGAAGGAAAAUACAAAAUACCUUCCAGAAAAAUAAUCGUGCAGCCUAAAAAGGUAGCAAUCAGUCCCACUAAAUUUGUGGUCAGUCAGCAGCUGGAAGGCCAGGUGGACUCUCUGGAUGACUGUUUUCCAGAAGAAGUCCCAGAUGUCUCCAAACAUAAGUUGUCCUCUUUCCUAUUCAGCUACCUGUCUGUUCAAGAUAAGAAAAAGACAGCACGCUCCCUCAGCUGCAACAGUGUGCCCACAACCAGCUUUCGUGAACUCAGCAACCCAAAGGCAGCAACCUCCGAGAAGAUCAGCUCUCACGACGAGGAUAAAAUCUUCUCCAAGCUGCCUGAAGAGGUCAUGAUGCUCAAAAAAAGUGCCUUCAAAAAACUGAUCAAGUUUUACAGCGUCCCUAGCUUUCCCGAGUGCAGCAUUCAGUGUGGUAUUCACCUGCCUUGCUGUCCUCUGCAAGCAAUUGUUUAAUGUGCAAAACAAAUUGGUCCUUAAGGUCUCCCCAGGUAGAAGAGAACCAAAGGUUGCUUAUUCAUAUGCAAUAUUAUUGUAUUCAAUAUGUAAACAGCAUGAGAGAUCAUUGAGUAAAUUCCUGUGCUUGUAUUGAAACAAAACACUUGUGUAUUUAUUGAUGGAAAAAAACAAAUAAAUCAGUUAUGCACAUUA